UGUUAAUCUUUCUUGCCUCUCUCUGUAGAGCAUUCGUGUAUUUAAAAAAAAAGCUUUACAUAUCGGAAAGAACUGUCAACGAAAUAAGAAAUGCUUUUGGCAUUAAGGCUUGCUCUCAUUCUAGUGACGAUAUUAUUCAGCAGUGCUUACAGAGUGCCAAAUGCCCGAAUACGAGUCUUCUCUCCAAAGGGAUUUGAGGUCUCCAUACCUCAUGAUGAGGGCAUUUCGUUGUUUGCGUUCCAUGGCAAACUGAACGAGGAAUUUGAUGGAUUGGAAGCAGGCAGAUGGUCACGAGAUAUACCAAAUGCGAGAAGGGGACGAUGGACAUUUCGGGAUCGUGAAACUGUCUUGAAAGUGGGUGACACACUCUACUUCUGGACUUUCGUCAUCCACAAGGGCCUAGGUUAUCGCGAAGAUGAUGGAGCAUACGUGGUGAAUCAAAAUCAAAUCGUCAGAGAGCGGUAAUAUAAUAUUUAUUUGCACAA